AUUCGCUGCUGUAGGUAUGAUGCUGUAGGGGUGUCUAAGCUCCGGUGCAAGCUGACGAGCUUCGUUUAGCAUAUCAAAGAACUCUUUGAUAUUAAUUAAGAAAUAAGUAAGAUUAUUCCAGUAGGGUAGGGUGACUUCCCUGCAAUGGAGACUGAGAUGCAAAGCCAAGAAGACCUGCAGCGAAACCAUUUCACGAAGCAGCUUGCUGCUUGUGUUAGGAGAAUACAGUGGACUUAUGGCAUCUUCUGGUCUAAGUCAAGCAGAGAUGAAGGGUCAUUAGAGUGGAAUGAUGGAUACUAUAAUGGUGGCAUCAAGACUCGGAAGACCACUCAACAAAUUGAUUGUAAAGAGGAUCAAAUGGAUCUACAGAGGAGUGAACAAUUGGGAGAGUUAUAUGAGUCUCUUUGUACGGGUGAUUGCAAUCAGCAAAACAGGCCGUCUGCUUCAUUAUCUCCUGAGGAUUUGACAGAUGCAGAAUGGUAUUAUUUGGUCUGCAUGUCCUUCACUUUUAAUAUCGGCCAAGACUUGCCAGGAAAGGUUUAUGAACGUAAUGAGCCCAUCUGGUUGAACAAUGCACAACUUUCAGAAAACAUUUGUUUUUGUCGCUCCCUUUUAGCUAAGAAUGCAUCCAUUAAGACUGUUUUGUGCCUUCCCUUCAUGGAUGGUGUACUAGAGCUUGGAACAUCGGAGCUGGUCUUGGAAGAUCCCGGUUUAGUACACAGCAUUACAAAUUCUUUCUGGGAGUUUGAAGUUCCAGGUUUCUCUGAGCAUUCCACUUUGAGUUCUCCUUUAGAAGAGGAGGACAAUGUUUGCUUGAUUUCAGAUCAUGAAGUUCUUGACACCAUAUUUCCUUCUUCUGUCGAUUCCUAUGCUUCCAAUAAAAACAGUGAGCUAAUCCAUGACAAUGAUAACAUGAAUCAUCAAAGUAUUUAUAAGGAAAUGAUUGAUAUUCCUGAAGACUGCUCCAUUUGUGCUGAUCCUUUAAACAUCAAGAGACUAACUGAGCCAUCACAAGUUCAUAUAAGGCAUUUGAUGGCUGAUGAGUUCGGCAAUGGCCUGAAUAGUUCUUUGAACUUCAGUGAAUGUGUGUCGUCAUCUUUUGCUCAAAAAAUCCUUUCUUCUCUCAAGGGCAAAGGGGUAAAAAGUAACUUGUUUGACCAUCCCCAAGAAGAUGAUCAUUCAAAAAUUGGUUCCUUAGGAAUUGAGGAAGAUGACUCUCAUAAUGUUAGCACUAUUUAUACCAUACCAGGGAACUUGAAUCAGGGAAUAUUAUCAACUGGCUUUCCUUUUCAGAAUGGUCCUCAUGGUUCAAGCUUCAAGGUUUGGGAAAGAGGUCCAACGACUUCAGAAAUAUUCAUCAAGAUUCCGCAGAGAAUGUUGAAGAAGCUUUUAUUUGAUAGCAACUGGAUGAAUGGUGGUCAGUCAAUGCAACCCCAUGAAGAGAAUAUGCCCAGGAAUAAAGCUUUUAAAUCAGAAGCAGAUGAUGUUAAUUCAAAUCAUGUUUUAUCAGAGAGGAGAAGGAGAGAGAAGCUGAAUGAGAAGUUCCUCAUUCUCAGAUCACUGGUUCCUUCUAUCAGCAAGGUUGACAAAGCCUCCAUACUUGCUGACACAAUUGAAUAUCUUAAAGAGCUUGAGAAAAGAGUAGAAGAGCUGGAAUUUUGCAGAGAAGAGUUACAUCAUGACAUGAGAGAACGAAGGAAGCAUCCAGAUAUCAUAGAGAGGACAUCAGAUAAUUAUGGCAGCAAUGAGCUCAUAAGUUGCCCGAAACCUUCAACAACUAAGAGAAAAGCUUGUGAGAUUAAUGAUUCAGAAGCCGAACACCAGUUGCUCUCAUCAACGAAUGUGGUUACUGAUAUAAAUGUCACCAUGAUAGGCAAAGAAGCGCUUAUAGAGCUACACUGUCCAUGGAGAGAUUUCUUGCUUCUUGACAUAAUUGAAGCCAUGAGCAACCUCCAUUUAGAUGCUCACUCAGUUCGGUCAUCAACAGUUGAUUCUACUGCUGCAAUUGCAUUGAGAGCCAAGUUUAUGAGCACAACAAUGGCUUCUCCAGGGAUGAUAAAGAGAUCACUUCAGAGAGUUAUUGGCAAAGAACAUAUCAAUUUGUAAGCUUCCUACUCAUAAUAUGGUAGUUAUCUUUUUGAUGCAACAACAAUGUUAUAGGCAAGAAGUAUUGUUCUUCUUAGUUUUACUUGUUCUUUAUAAUGUUCAUUAGGGUGAAUUCAAGAAAAAAGGAAAAUUUGAACUAUUUCUUGAGAGCUUUUAUUUUUA